AUGGAGCAAAAAGAUGUGCCCAGAAGCUGCCUUUCAAUGGAAGGUGAUGGGGAAGAUGAGUUGCUCCAAACACUCCCGAGAGAGAGAAACUGGGGUGGCACUUCUGAUCUCUGCCAAUUCCAAGGCUUUUGGUGUCCAUUAUGGGUAUUUCAUGGCCUCAUCUCCUUCCAAAAACACUUCCAAGCACACGCCACCGAUCUAAUCUUAGCCAGUGCCCCCAAAACAGGCACUACUUGGUCUAAGGCUCUCGUGUUCGCCAUCGUGAACCGCACUCGUUAUGGUUUCAAUGACAACCCUUUGCUCACUGCCAAUCCUCAUGACCUCGUACCCUUCUUGGAGAUGGAUCUCUACUUGAACAGAAACAACCUCCCAAACCUCGAGGAUCGAAGUGACCCGAGACUUCUCUCAACCCACGUCCCAUUUGCAUCACUACCAGUUUCUAUCAUAGACUCAGGUUGUCGCAUUGUGUACGUGUGUCGAAACCCUUUCGAUCAGCUCAUCUCCCAUUGGCAUUUCACACUCAAACGUUCCAAAGAAAAUGCGGAUCAUCCACCACUUCCUUUAGAAGAAUGUUUCGAAAGGUACUGCAAGGGAGUUAUCAGUUUCGGACCCUUUUGGGACCAUGUUUUAGGGUAUUGGAAAGCGAGUUUGGAGAAGCCAAACAAGGUGCUGUUCUUGAAAUAUGAGGACUUAAAAGAGGAUGCCAAGUUUGGUCACCUUAAGAAGCUGGCGGAGUUCUUGGGCUUCCCUUUUUCGGGCGAUGAAGAGAGAGAUGGGGUGAUAGAACAAGUAUCCAAUUUGUGUAGUUUUGAAAAUCUUAAAUCUUUGGAGGUUAAUAACAUCGGAAAACGCAAGUGUGGGCGUCAAAACACUGACUUUUUCAGGGAAGGCAAGGUGGGAGAUUGGGCUAAUUAUCUAACUCCUUCAAUGGCACAACGUUUGAACAACCUUGUGGAAGAGAAGUUGGCUGGUUCUGGCUUAACUUUCAGGCUUCUUCAUUAA